CGCACGAAUCAUUUACAAGUAGCGGUCUUAUGUCAUCUCGAAAUAUCUGGUCAGUUAUUGUAGACUACUCCAGAUAAAGCAUUUCGAUGGGUUUUAUUUGUUUGUAUUCUUUGUGUUUAAAUAGAUUGUACAGGUUUUAGCAGUAAUAGUUAAAGAUAGCGAGUCUAGUGACAGACUCACAUGAGCGUCUGCUACAGUGCUGCGGAUUUUCACGUGCACGUACUCAAUACUUUACAAAUCAGAAACAUUUGGAUUAGCAAUACAGGUGUUAGGGAUGGAGCUGCAGGCGGUGCUGAUGGCAGCAGGUGGAGGUUCCAGGAUGAUGGAUCUCACCUAUAACACCCCCAAACCUCUGCUGCCUGUGGGCAACAGACCCCUCAUCUGGUACCCCCUCAACCUCCUGGAGAGAGUGGGCUUUGAAGAGGUGAUUGUCAUAACCACUAAAGAGGUUCAGAAGGCCCUGAGCACUGAUCAGCGCCUGAAGUCAGAUGUAAAGAUGAGGUUGGAUGUUGUAUGUAUUCAGGAGGAAGCUGACAUGGGCACCGCAGAUGCCCUUCGACACAUACAGCAGAAGAUCAAGACAGACAUCUUGGUGGUGAGCUGUGAUUUGAUAACCGAUGUGGCUCUACAUGAGGUUGUGGACCUCUUUCGUGCACACAACGCCACCCUGUCGAUGCUCAUGAGCAAAGUGCAUGAAUUCACAGAGACUGUCCCUGGCCAAAAGGGCAAGAAGAAAGCAGGAGAGCAGCGGGACUUCGUAGGCGUGGAUGUCACGGGAAAGAGGCUUCUGUUCAUGGCCAAUGAGGCAGACCUGGAGGAAGGCCUUAUUCUCCGGAAGUCAAUCAUGCGCAAACAUCCCAGAAUGCUCAUCAAGACCGGCCUGCUGGAUGCCCACCUGUACUGCCUGAAGAGAUCUGUGGUCGAUUUCCUAGUACAUAACAAGUCUGUCACCUCAAUCAGGGGGGAAUUAGUGCCGUAUUUAGUGCGCAAGCAAUUCUCCAAGUCUUUAAACUCCAAAGACGCAACAGAGGAUACAGAAAAGAAUCAAAAACAACAGGAUGCUCACCACAAUUUGGAGCUCCUCAGCACUAGCAAAGAUGAGGCGCUGCUCCAGCUUGCCCGGGAGAGGUCAUGUUGGAACGAUCAUCGUGGAGACAUGAGCGAGGCCUACCAUGGUGGAAAGCUACGUUGCUAUGUUCACAUCAUGGAAGAUGGCAUGUGUUACCGCGUCAACACGCUUGCCGCUUAUAUAGAGGCCAAUCGUGUGGUUCCAAAGCUGUUUGAGGACCCUCCAAUACAUCCGAGCGCUGCUGUCUCAGAACGCUCUUUGAUUGGAAGUGACAGCAUUAUUGGGCCAUCUUGUCAGAUAUCAGACAAGACAUCCAUCAAGCGUUCAAAUGUUGGCACAUCAUCCGUAAUCAAGGAGAAGGUGAAGAUCACCAACUCCAUCAUCAUGAAUGGAGUCACUAUUGAAGAAGGGUGUAACAUUCAAGGCAGCGUGAUCUGCAACAACGCAGUGAUUGGACGUGGAGCCGACAUGAAGUACUGUCUCGUGGGGAGCGGCCAGCGCGUAGAGCCAGAGGGUGAGAACGCUGCAGGUUACACUACACACACACACACACACACACACACACAAAAACACACACUCUACACUUCUGUAGUUCCGCAGUGUUCGUAUUAAAUCCAGCCUUUUGUGUUUGUGUUUAUGUGUGCACCCUCACGCCCAUGUCUGCCUUUUCGUGUGUGUGAUCUUGUGUGUGUAUGUGCGUUUUAAUCUGUUUUAAUAGCGUAUUAAAACCUAAGCUUGUGUGUACAAUUGAGCUUUAUUAUUUAAUAUGCUUAAUCCUUGCGGUCUUAGAUCACCGCGAGGUUUGUGUGCGUCUAUUUGCGUGUGUGUGGCUUCAGGCUCUUGUAUUCCGGGUGGUCCGCGCCUGGUCUCUAACCUCUCCAUCAAUGACAGUGCCUUAAGGCGGCCCUAAGAUGUCCAGAGGCUGCACAGUCUAAUUGACUGAACAACAGGGUGUUGCUGCCUCGACUGACCCACCAGACCCCCCCACCCCACCGUAACUUUUCUCCGUCUCCACCCCCCACCUCUCCAUCAUCACUCUCGAGCUGGACUCGAUUAGUUGGCCAUAACCUCUAAAAAUGCUUAGGCUUAUUGAAGUGCUCCCAGAAAUCCCAAAUUACAAGCUAGACCCCCUGUACUUCCCCCGACGCACACCCGCCCUCCGGCUUCGGCGCUUUAAGCGCAGCGCGAAACCACGAUUCAGAGUUAUCCCAGAAAAACCCGGAGCAGAGGUUAAUGUAACCUAUUAUUUAAAAAGCAUUGCUUAUAAUAACUGCAAUAAAUCCCCUUCGGUAGCCUUGAGGUUGACACUCGCUCCUUUGUACGCAGAUGCACAAAUUUAAUGUCAAGUCAAAGAGAGAAAUUAAGUUCAUUAAAGAGUCGCUGCUCGGUUUUGAUGUGUCUACCCUCCUGAAAUAAAAAGGCUGAUUUUUCCUUUGAGGUUGUGCUAGAAAAUUGAAAGAUUCCCUCUGAUGGUUAUGUAGCUGAGUGUAGCUUAAAUGUAAUGGUGGAUAAGAAUUUGUGCACCAUUAUAGAGGGUAAUGUGACUUGAGAGACUAAAGAGAGUAAGAGAGAUGAUGUUUUUAUGGAUGCAUGAUUUAUUGGUCACAACAUAUCAGACGGUAUCUGGCUGACUAGGCCAAUACUGGAAGCAGACAGUUAUGCUUUUCAUUCAAUUUAAACAAUGGGAUAAAAAAGUGCUAACUGUCAAGAAACAUCUGUCACAUGGAAAAUGCUUGUAUACUAAUAGUGUAACAAUCAAAAAAGUCUUGAAUUAUAUAUAUUAUGACUAUUUUAUUUCCUUGGGUUUUAUUAACAUCUUAUAUGAUUUUAUUCAUUUUACACUUAGUCAAGUUACUCAUAUAUUUGACAAAAUAUAUAUAUGAUGAAAGAGUAAACAGCUGCUUAACAUUUUUGCAGAAACAUCUGUUUGAAGUUAAAAUCUUUAUUGUAGACGUUUUUGCUGUUACUUUUUAUCUAUCUAUCUAUCUAUCUAUCUAUCUAUCUAUCUAUCUAUCUAUCGUUUCUUGGGAGAAAUUUUUCCAUUUUUGUCGCAUCAAUUUGACACUAUUUGAAGAUGUAUGAAUUAGACGUAUGAAAUACACUACAAACUGCUAUAUGCUGUCAGAGUUGGAUUCGUCUAUUUCUUUGGCCUAAUCAAAACAAAGCAAAAAAGAUAACAAUUGGUCAGCAUCCGGACAUAUUUUCCAUUUUCUUCUGCUAGUUUCCUUUUGAUGCCUGGUUUUUGAGUAAAACGUGUAUACAUUUAAUUUAAAAUAUAAGCGUGUAUUGUCGGCUGUAGCAUAGAAUAUAUGGGAAAAAUGUCAAUAUUGGCCCCAAUCGGCGCAUGCCAAGAUUAGUGUUCAUUUGCAGUUUAUAUAUUACCCCACGUUGCACUGUGGUACACUUGUAAUCUCUUUAAACAGCUGCUGAGUGAUUAGACAACUCUUAGUAGACUUUAUAGCCGUUCCACUAUGGUGGUCUAAUACAGUCAACUCCACACACACUCUCUUUCUCCGUCGUCUCAGUGUCUUUCUCUCAUUCACUCUCACUCUUUCUAUUCCCAGCUUGUUUACUGCUACUGGCUGUUGGCGUGUGUUGGCCACAAAGGAGUGAUAGACAUCUCAUAAACUCUAGCCGAAUGCUUUCUCUAUAAGGUUCUGUGUUCCCAGCAUCCUUGUCCUCAGGGGAUUGAGUGUGUUGGGUUAUGGCUGCUAAAAGCGUCCCAGGCCCUGGAGACGGGGUUGUACGUCCAGGACCACCCGGCCUGCCGCUCGGCACGCUGUUGUAAGGUGCAGUAGUUUUGCAGGUGUUUCGGGAGGCUGAUGACAUGUACCUUUCCUCAGACUGUUUAGACUCUUGUUCCAGCCUUCUCUCUUUGUGUUCGUCCCUCUCGCUCUCUUUCUCUCUCUCUCUCUCUCUCUCUCUCUCUCUCUCUCUCUCUCUGGCAUAGCACGCUCUAUUUGUCUUUCCCCAAACUCAGAACACAAAAACAGUCUUUUGUGCGGAUUCCUUCACACUAAAAUAUGUCUUUAUGUGGAUCAUUAAUCUCGCUCUCAAACGUUUAGUUUGGAGUGGUCACAUUCGGCAAGAGGAUAUCAUCCUUCCUAAGCGAGUGUGUAUAAGCCUGACACGUUUGUAAACUGUUUGCUUGUCACUGCGUGAUGGAACGGCCCACAAAGGUAAACUCCAGAUUUAAUAAAUAAAAGGGCUUUCCUGUCUUUGAGUUCUAGAAACGGUCAUUUCCACUUAAGUGACUCAUUUGAGUGUUGAAUGCUAACAGAACGCACAGCUCACGUCCUUUGAGGCACGACAGAUGCCUGACAGCUCUUUCUGAGAGUCUUGUUUUCUCUCCUCACAGCUGAAAGAACCAAUGAGGUCAUCGUUGGAUCAGACCAACUCAUGGAGAUCUAGAACCGUGUUGGAGAUGGAUCGCAGACCCCGAGACGCCCGCAUCAACCUGCUUCCAUGUGCAUAACCCUGCACAGGAUCCAUUUUUUAUGUGUCCAAAUAAAAAUGGAUUUAUUUA